AGAAAUGCACCAGAAGACACAGUAGAAUCGCGCGAUCUUCUUUCCUUACUCAUGGAAGUUGUUCGAUGUAUACGAACGAUCGUCAAUACUUACGUGAGACCUGGACUUGAACUAGUCUUGCAACGUGACUCACGUGCUAUAGGCCGCCUUAUUGAAGCUCUCUGUACCAUUAAUAAACGAAGACCCAGAGAAGUGGAAGAUACUGAAGCGGGUCGUGCGUUGAGAGCAGAGACUGUAAAAAUACUCGCAUCACUUGGUAUGGUUAACCAGGAAACGACAAAGAAUAUCCAAAUGGAAAUGACAGGAGCCCAAAAAAUGGUUAAAGAACUUACCUUGUUGUCGGCUAGAACUAAACAGCCGCGCUUCAAGCCAAUCUUGGACUGCCUUCGCUUUUGCAAGGAGAGCGACGUGGAUCACGUGUAUCGGAUACUUAUCAUCAUCAACUUGUUGAUUCAUAGCAGUGAUCGUGAACUAGGUGAGGACCAAGCAUGGCAAACACGUAUGGCUCUUCGUUCCGAGCUGAUGAGGGACGGUUUUGGAAAUCGUGGUGAAUACGAAACGCUCGGAGGUUGUUUCGAACUUCUUGCCUCAACAUCCGCCAAUACAGCGGUCGAACCUGUUCUGCUCAGUAUAAUGCAGCAUUUUAUGAUAAUCCCGGAAGAUGUGUCUGUGAGGUUGUCAUACUUUCGACUGAUUGAGAGCUGUGUGAAUGAAAUAGUACUGCAUAAAAACGGUGUUGAUCCCGACUUUGAUUCACGGUUCCACUUCGAAACACCUGUCAGUGAGAUCAUAGAACAGUUGCAAGAUGCUGAAUUUUCACGGAGGUUGGAACAAGCAGUGCAAGCAAAACAGGAGGCUGUUGCCAAGCAAAUGCAAUAUUGGCAGAAACUGGACGAAUUCCGUACAGAAGCUCAGCUAUUACGGAAACAUAUUGAAAACCCUAGUCAACCUAUACCUCCUCAAACGGUCUGUAACCUACAACAUAUUCCAUCAACCAGUGAGUCUGUCUCGUGCUCAGCAACGAAUCGACUACCUCCUGUCACUGGAGGUCCUCCAGCCCCUCCCCCUCCACCUCCACCGCCACCCCCACCUGGAGGCGCUCGAGUCACAGGUGGUCCUCCACCACCGCCUCCACCUCCUCCCGGAACGGGUCCUGCUCCUCCUCCUCCCCCACCGAAUCUUCUUCGUGGUGGAGGUGGUCCUCCUCCACCUCCACCACUCGGCGGAAAAGGCCCGAUGGCAAAUAAUAUGGGACCAGUCAUCCCCGACUUUCUUCCGGCCAAAAAGAAACGUGUCAUUGAUGUACCGAUGCGGAAGUUCCCAUGGACAAGUAGUACGGUAAGUGUCUGCUGUAACUUGUUCUUGUCCACUCCGAAAUUACCUUAUUUCAAGUUCGCCUCUUCAAAGCCCGGAACGAGGUCGCUCGAUACAUUGCAAAGCGGGAAGUCUGCGAAAAAAGUGAAGCAGCCUCAGAUUGUGAAGGAUGAGAAGACUCUGCAAGCUCUUGCUAUCUUGCAAGGUUCAGUGAAACUGUCUUAUGAGCAAUGGCGUAAAAGUCUACUGAAGGUGGAUGAAAAUAUGCUCACUGCCAAUACACUCCAACAACUUCGAACCGCCCUUCCCCCUAUGGAUGUUAUUAAGAAGUUGUCGGAAGUCGAUUCAUCAGUCCUGAAGGAAAUGCCCGAGGGAGAGCAGUUUUUGGCUUCUUUGGCGUCAAUAAGUGCACUACCUUUACGACUGGAUCUUAUCAUUUUCAAACAACGCUUUCAAGAAAUUCUGAAUGACCUUAAACCGGGUGUAUCGUCUGUGAUUGAAGCCUGUGAAGAGAUUCGACGGUCAAAAGGCUUUAAGAUUUUUCUGGAAUUAGUUCUGUUGUUUGGGAAUUAUAUGGAUCAAUCAUCGAAAACCUACAAGGACACAUUUGCCUUCGAAAUGAACGUGCUGACCAAGCUCAUGGACACGAAAGACGUGGACAAUAAGAAAACUUUGUUGCAUUACAUGGUGGAAUCUAUGCGGAAGUUUGACCCUAAAAAUGCGAGGUUUACGCACGAAGAUUUUUACCACUGCUCCGCUGCAGCCCGUGUCAACGCCGACGAACUUGCUAAAGGAGUGACAUCCCUACGACAGAACGUCACGAAGCUGGAAAACUGCCUACGAACUUAUAAAAAGCAAGGCGACGAGGAUAAGUUCAUAGAAGUGAUGACUCCGUUCCUGUUGGAAGCUCAGAGCGAACUGGAUACGAUAGAGACGAUGCACCGGAAAAUGAAAUGUGACUGGGAGAGUUUCACGAAAUUCUAUGCUUUCGAUGAGAAAAAGUAUUCGUUGGAACAAUUUUUCGCCGACAUGAAGACGUUCAAAGAGCAGUACGAGGUGAUAGUUCUUGACGAUUUCUACCGUAUACGUGUAAUCUGUAGGUACACCUUACGUGGCUGUCAAGAAUCCAUUACUCGCCUUCAAACAGGUACUAAUUUUGCAAUCACGCUUCCCACUCUCAUUAUAUCUUACACUUGA